GCAUUUAAAGAAGAAAAAUGUGAAGAAUCUUAUUCAGCAAACACAAUGACUAUGGAUGUGGAAAAGUACAAAAAGGUUUCAUUUAUAUAUUUAGAAAUUUAUUAGUGAAUUAUGAUCGAUCAAAAGAACAGUUGGUUUAUCCAUUAACUCAUAUGCAUGCUCUGACGGCUCUGUAUACAGUAUGCAAUUUCGGAAUCAAUGUCAUUUUAAGUUUCAAUUUGGUAUAUUUUGUCAGCGUUCUUCGGCAAGUGUAACAACGACAACGAUUGUGAACACAGGUAAAGUCCAUUUUGAAGAAAAUUUGCAGUCUAACGAUGACUCAGUUAUCAGCCUUGACAGCACAUGUGGACCAGAAUAUUUCCCUACACCUCAAAAAGGUCACCAACUUGUUUCUAUAAACAACUUGAUCAGAAGCGUUCAUGGACGAGAUGUGAGUCUUAUCAGAGCACAACUCCGUUCCCCAAUUAGAGACGUCUCGCAAAGUACCGCUCGAUACUACAAAAGGAAAUCAUUACAAACUUGUAUUGCUACCUUGGAAUGCAUCGCGCCGGGUCAGUCUAAUGAAAUCUUUGAGAUCAUUUUCAGCGACAAAUGUGAACGAAGUAUAGUUGCUCCCGAGAAUGAAGUUGUCCAGAAUCUUGUAACCUUGUAUCAAGACACAAGUUCGAGGACCACUCGUUUGGAAAUCCUCUCAAUAUUUUCUCAAGAUUACUCAAAAUCACAACUCAAGCAAAUGAUGCCAGGAAUAACUACGUGGCAAAUAGACGAAGCCAGAAAACAUGCAGCACUUUAUGGAGCAGGAACGACGAAAGAGACACCUAAAACACAUCGAACACGUUUGAAUCCAGCAAAAGUUGAUCAUUUUAUUGAUUUCAUCUCUCAACCACAUUUUCUACAAGACGUUGCAUUCGGCAGGACUCUAACACUCUCGAAUGGAAUAACAAUGGAAAUUCCAAACGUCGUAAGAACAGUUACACCUUUGCGAUCAGUAGACCUUCAUAUUGCAACUUGCAAGGAAAACAAUUUUGAAUUUUUAGGGAGGUUAACUUUGUUCAAUAUUUUAAAGGUAUUUACACAAAAAUAUUGUUUAUGUUUCUUUUUUCUCUCGCCUUCUUUUGUUUUUCUGUGAAUAUUAUUGGGGAAAAAAUUUUCUUUCUCUUUAAAAGGUCUGUGCUGCAUCAAAGCUUUAAAAGGCCUGUUCUGCUUUCUGGACUUGACAGCAUUACAACUAAAGGAAGCUCUGCAAUUGAUUCAUUAAAAGAAGUCGUCAUUACGCUGGAAAAACACGAUAAAUGA